UACCGACUUUCGUGUAUCUCGGGGAUCUUAAGAUUAUACUUCAUAAUUAAAAUUAGUUAAGUUUUUGUUAUUUAAUUUUAACCGCAUUAUUUAUUUACACAAUUUGUGUGUAAAAGUUUGUUUAACUAUUUAAAAUUUUAUACAUUAGUACUACAAAUAUUUUAUAUUACUUGUUACUUGUUAAGCAUGUGGUCGGCUUAAAAAAAAUUGUAUUAGUCAUAAUUUUAACUUGUUUUUCUUACAAUGUCUGACUCAACUGAAUCUGGAUUUAAUUUUUUGUCGAAUUGGAAAUUUGGUCUUGCUGUUUGCGUGCCUUGUUUUGCCGUUGGACUUGGUGUUACUUAUUUUAUUUACACGAGAAGAGGAGAACACAGAGAUAAGGCAUUAUGUAAUGAUCAUGUAGCUAUUAACAUUAAAAGUGUGAAAAAAGCUGAAAGCAAUGGAACCGUACAAAAUGUCAUAAAAGAUCCUAAAAAGGAAUUGGUUGAACAAAUUGAAGAUUUCAAAAAGAAAGGAAAUACUGAGUUUUCAAAAGGAAAUUAUGAUGCAGCUAUUACAUUUUAUACCCAAGCCUUGUCUAUGUGUCCGGAUUCUGAAAAAGGACUGUUAUCUGUUGUUUAUCAAAAUAGAGCAGCAGCUUAUAGUAAAUUGAAUAAUCAUGAAAAUUGUGUCAGUGACUGUAGUAAAGCAUUAGAACUAGUUCCAACUUACAAGAAAGCUUUAUCUCGUAGAGCAAGAGCUUUAACUGAGUUAGGAAACUUUAAACUAGCAUUAGAAGAUAUAACAGCUGUAAUAAUGUUGGAUGAAUUCAAAAAUCAAUCUGAUUUAAUGUUUGCAGAUAGCGUCAUAAAGGGCUUAGGAAAAAAAAACUUAGCAGAGUUUACUAAAAGUCAUGUUUUUAAUCUACCAACUAAAACAUUUAUUGAUAAUUACAUGAAGUCAUUUUGUGAUGACCCUUUCAAUGAUGAAUUCUCUCAAGCAUUGUUACAAUCUGAUGUGAAUAAUGGACUUGAAUUGGCUUUAAAAUGUAUACGAGAUAAAAAGUAUGAAAAUAUUGAAGAAGCAUGUAAAGAAGAAUUAAAUAAGACUGAUAAUAGUGUAGUUCGGAGAACUUUAGCCUUAAAUUUGCUUGCUACAUUCUCUAUACUAAGGGGUAAUUAUUCUGAAGGCCUACAACAUCUCACUGCUGUUAUUGAAACUUCUGGUGUUCCAAACAAGUUAAUAAUUAAUUCUUUGAUCAAGCGAGCAUCUGUUUAUCAUCAACAAGAACAAGUGGAAAAAUCUUUUGAAGAUUUAAAGCGAGCUGAGCAAAUCGAUCCUAAUAGUUCUGUAGUAUAUCAUCAUAGAGCUCAAAUUUACUUACUAGAAAUGAAUAGUGAAAAAGCAGUAGAAGAUUUUAAAAAAGCAGUUGAACUUAACCCUACAUUUGUAUUAUCAAGUGUUCAAUCAUGUUAUGCUCAAUAUAUACAUGCUAAACAAACAUCAAAUGAAAUGGAUGCUGAAAAGUUCAUUAGAAAAUUAAAAAACUUUAUUAUCAAUCACCCAGAUCAUGCUGAAAGUUACACACUUUAUGCACAAGCAUUAUCUGAAAAAGGAGCUUACGAAGAAGCUGAUUCAUUAUUCAAAAAAGUACAUGAAAUUUAUCCAGAAAAUGCAACCUUUCUUGUACAUAGAGCUUUAAUUGCACUUUCAUGGAAAAAUUCAAUUAAUGAUGCUUUUGAUUUGCUUGAAAAAGCCUUAAAAAUAGAUUCUAAAUGUGAUUAUGCAUAUGAAACACUUGGAACAUUAUAUAUUCAAACUGGUAAAUUAAAGGAAGCUGUUGAAUGUCUAGAAAAAGCAGUUAAGUUAGCUAAAUCUGAGAAAGAAUUAUUACAUGUAUUUUCAUUAAGAGAUUCAGCUGCAGCACAACUAGCUGUUGCUGAGCGAUUAGGUUUGGUACCACAGGUGUAAUAAUUAUUAAUUUAAUUGUGAACUUCUUUUCUAUCUAUUGUCUUAAGUAAUUAUUGAAAAAUAAUAAAUUUUAACUAAUAUAAUA